AUGGACAGUCCUGCGACUGAGAAGAAGAUGAACGUGGGACUAAGCUUUCUGAUGUUUACGUGUGUUCUUCCAAUGAUGGUCUCAGCCAUACGCCCCCACCUCACCCCUUUCUAUGUAAAGGGUCGUGUCUAUUGUGAUCCUUGUCGUGCUGGUUCUGAGACAUCCCUCACCACUUACAUUGUUGGUGUGGAGGUUACUCUGCAAUGCAAGGACAAAAUGAAUGGCAACAUUGUGUACAGCAAGAAGGAUAAGAGUGAUUCCUCGGGAACAUACACCAUUUUCGUGGACGCGAAUCAAGCAAACCAAAAUUGUGAUGUGGGUCUCGUAACAAGUCCUUUACCUGACUGCAAAGAACCCAGUCCAGGACGUGACCACUCACGUGUCAUUCUGAAUCGCUUCAAUGGUAUUGCCACCAGUGAUAGGUUUGUCAACAACUUGGGUUUCAUGAAACAAAAGGUUGCAUCUGCUUGUGCAAAGAUUCUCAGGCCAUACCCAGACUACGAUGAUGAAUUAGUUCCACUCGAUUCUUUUUUUUAA